AUGCAAAUACAGGCAUACCCCGGGAUCUGCCUCGUUGACCAACGAUGCUAUGGCGGAUCCGCUCGUGGAAUGACCCACCAAUGGACCUACGCUUCCGACGUAGGCGACCGCGCAAAUGCCAGCUACGGCAGACAUCCUGAGAAAUGGGACUUCCGCGCCCACAGACCCGCCGACCUGGUGGUCAUCAACCUGGGCACGAACGAUCACCGUGACCCGAAUAAUCUUCCCGGCGAGACUUUUGCAGCAAACUAUAUCGAUUUGAUCAAAACCGUGCAUAAGACGUGGCCAGAGGCGCAGGUGGUGUUGAUGGUAUGUCAUCUCUUGUUUACUCCGCUCUCUCUGCCUAGAAUGAUAUGUCGCCUCUGUCAUUUGAUCCGGUGUAUUAUUUCCAGCUAA